AUGAUAGGAACUGGUCGCAUGGGACGCAUUCGCUUGGCCGGAAUGCAAAAUGAUCCUCGUAUUUCAAUCGCUGCAAUCGUCGAUCCGUUUGCCAGUGUCAAUCAGCUGCAGGAUAUAAGUAGCCAGUAUGGAAGUGAGUGCUUUACAACUCUUGCGGAGGCUGGCCGCGCCUUAAAGCAGAAAAAAUGUGUAGUAAACGGUGUCUGGAUCUCUUCACCAACUCCCACGCAUUUACAACUCAUUAACGACUGCGCCGACGGAAUUCUGGGCAAAAAUGUGAAGGCUAUUGGCAUUGAAAAGCCUGUUGCUGCCGUAGUAGACGAAAUUGAUGCGGCAUACCACGUAUGUCACAAGAACGACGUGAAACUCUUCUGCUCCUAUCAGCGUCGGUUUGACCCGAGUUACCAGGCCCUCCGGGCUCAGUGUGUGGACAAGCAGAGCAUCGGCAAGCUGCAGUCGAUUCACACGGUUUUUCGUGACCAUCCAUGUCCGCCCAUGGAGUUUCUAAAGACAGGUGGAGAUCCAUUUCACGACCUCGCAGUGCACGACAUCGACUACGUUUGUGAUCUAGUAGGCGAGUACCCGGAAAAAGUUUACGCGCACGGCACGAGCUUAUCAGCUGAAUUGAGAGAAGCAAACGUCAUGGACAAGGCAAGUGUGUGGCUUGAAUUUCCAAAAACGGGCGUGGUUUGCACAAUGGAUCUAAGUCGUAGUGCUGAGUAUGGUUACGACCAAAGGAUUGAAGUGGCUGGUGAACACGGCAUGCUACAGGUGCUGAACCCGAGCAAAACCGCGACAGUACAGUCCAUGAAGGCUGGCAUUACUGUUGACACGCUAUUCCACUCAUUCCCAGAGCGCUUCCGUGAGGCGUAUCUACUCGAACUCGACAGUUUCAUCGGCGUGGUGCAAGGCAAAACGUACCCCCGUGUUCAUUGGGGAGCUUCACGCAUGAAUACCAUCAUUGCCGAGGCUGCUCGCAUUGCCGCGGUUGAGAAAAAGGUUGUCACCAUCAAAUAUACUGGAAGCAAGCAAAUGGCACCCGAAUCUGACUCGAUCUUAGAAUGCGAGUACGAAUUCUAA